AUGGCCGAGCCGCGUGUUGCGGCGUCCCAGAGCGAGACUGACUCGGACCCGGGGUACCCCCUGUCCACGCCGUCGUCGGGCGAGUUCGAGCGGAGCCCCGACCCGCUGGCCGUGCUCUCCCAGCCCAACGCCAAGGCCGCCGGCGGCGGGCUGUGGUCGUCCUACAGGGACGCCGCCGAGCGCCAGUGCCGCGAGGAGGCCGGGGAAGACGCCGAUGAGGUGAACGUCGCGGAGGACGUGUUCUACGCGAGCGGCGCUCCACAGCCGGUGCAGGGCGCCGUACGCGGGGGCGCCGGCGCCUCGGGCCACAUCGCAAUCCCCGCUCCGGUGGCCAUUUCUGGGCCCACGCCGUCGACGUCCCGGCUAGCGGGCCCUGGGCGGGGCACAAGGGCGCCCAGUCCGGUCGACGAUCGGGGUCGCAGUCCGGGGCAGUGUGGGGCUGAGCGCGGUGUGGGGAGUACGGGCGUGGGCGGAGGGUGCCGGGGGGCGGAAGCGGGCCCGGGCGGCAGUCCGAGGGUCAGCGGCGAACCGUGGGGGAGCGUUGGCCGCGAGGUGGGCGGCACGGGGGCCAGAACGCCCAGGGAAAGUCGGUCGCGCGCGGAAACAAGGGACGUCAUCAUGGAUUCGGCGAGCAUGUUCGAGCGCCCGUCGAGGGGCAAUUGGCUGGAGCAGGACGUUGUCGGCGGCGAGGCGCCAGGGACCGGCGAAUCUGCCGGGGAGCGGGGGGCGCGCACGUCGCCGGGGACGGCGGUGGAGGUCGAAUUGGCGGUCGGAGGCAAUCGGCGGAGCGCCCGCAGGACAUGGUCUCCGCUGAGGUCAAGGGCGUCCUCGGAACGCGAGCCCACCCGCGUGCGAUCGGGCCCGCUGCCUCCCGCCGGGCCGUCCGAUCUCUGCGGGUCCAUCGCGCUGGAGCUCGAGGCGCGGUCGCUCUCUUGCGGCGUGCUGGCUGCAAUGGACGCGGAGGACGCGGAUGGAUCGCUACCAUUGACCCCUCGAGAGGCCGCCGUGCGCCACGCGGCGAACAUGAACCGAUUGAGCAGCUCCACGCCCACGCCAUCGGUCAAUUCUUCCGCCGAGCACCCGCGCUAUUUGCCCUCAGCCGGGUCCGCGUUGCGGAUGGGCGUUGCGGGAGAUCCCGGCUGGGCGUCAUCCUCGACCGAUCGCCCGAUCGUCGCCAGGGGGGUGGCGCGGCAGGACGGCGGGCACCGGCCCCCUGCGCGAAUGGCGCCCAGAUCUUCCCGAGGGCAUGCCGCCGGCAGGGACAGUCGGGAUCACGGGGUGCGUUGCCGGGCGCGGCACCACAAGGCCGUGUCCGCGCUCUGCCUGGACGUCCUGACCGAGACGCGCAGCUCCUGGGGAUCGGAAGGGCUGGAUCCGCGCGACCCGCCCAGGGACAUGGACCCCUCGUGCGCCGCGCGUCAGGCCGGCUACUCCUACAACUUCGUACCCGCCCCCCCGCCCUCCGAUCUCUCCCGGCCGUCCUCCGCGCCGCUGAGCACGAUGGGCGAGAUCCUGAUCCCCGCGCCGAGCGCCGAGGAGACCGGGACCGGGUCCUAUCCCGGCGAGGAUGACGACUCCUCCAACGGGGAUGGCAGCUGGGGGAUAUCGGCGCGCACGGACGUGCCGCCCAACGGCGCCGCCUCGACCAUGUCAAUCUCAGAGCGGUACUCCGGGCGGCUGCUCUGCGGAAGGUCGCCGUCCUGGGACAGAUCGUCCGCCGAUCGUGACGUUGGCGAUGGGCGGACGUCCAUUGACCUGUACAGCGAUUUGAGGGACAGCGUGAGCGUGCGGCGCAGGGCGUCGUUCGACGUGCCCGGGGACAGGCGCGACAGCGUGAACCGCCGGUCGCGGCACAGGGAGACCAGCUGCGAGCUGGAGACGAACCCGAACUUGAAGAUGUCGGGCUCCGGGGCCCUGGCGAGGGGGAGCGGGCCUGCGGUGGUGUCGCGGGUGGUGACCCACAUGCGCAGGCGGUCCAUGGAGAUGCUCAGGAGGCUGUGCUGGCGCGAGUGCGACAAGCCGGAGGCGCUGUGA